CACCAAAUAAAGACCAGUAAACGCUUGGACCCAAGAGAAAACCCCCAAAGUCAUCCCCUUUGGGGUUACAAAUCUUCUCCUACACGCCUCUCUUAAAUCUCUCAAAAACACUCUCGGAUCAAAACCCACUUCAAUUAAUCCUAAACCAGAUUCAAUCAAUCACCAACAUACCUUCAAUCGAUCGAAAAACUGGUGUUUUCUGCCCCAAUUUGAUGGGUUCUGACUUGAUUGAAGCAGUGACGGUUUCAAAGUCAAAGUCGUCCCCCUCUGCCGGAAAGUGCUUCCCACCUGGUUUCAGAUUUCAUCCGACUGAUGAAGAAUUGGUUCUUUAUUACCUGAAGAGGAAGAUCUGUGGUCGAUCGCUCAAGCUCGACAUCAUCGGCGAAGUUGAUGUUUACAAGUGGGACCCAGAAGAGUUACCUGGUCAAUCCAAACUAAAAUCAGGUGAUCGACAAUGGUUCUUUUUCAGCCCACGAGAUAGAAAGUAUCCAAAUGGUGGAAGAUCAAGCAGAGCAACAAUGAAUGGUUAUUGGAAAGCAACAGGAAAAGACAGAAUCAUCAAAAGAAAGUCAUUUCCAGUUGGAAUCAAGAAAACCCUUGUUUAUUACCAAGGUCGGGCACCUUCGGGCAGACGAACCGAUUGGGUCAUGCAUGAAUACACCAUGGAUGAAGAGGAGCUCAAAAGAUGCCCGUUUACCCAAGAACACUAUGUCCUCUACAAAAUCUUUAAAAAAAGCGGGCCCGGUCCCAAAAACGGGGAGCAAUACGGGGCUCCGUUUGUUGAGGAGGAAUGGAGCGAUGACGAAGAUUGUGUGGAUCUUGAUGCUUUUUUGGUACAGAAACGGAAUCCGAUUCCGAUUCCGGUGGAUGAUGUGAAAGUUGUUCGAGAAGAAGAAGAGGAGAAUGUGUUUACAAAUGAUAUUGUUGAGUUUUUAAACAAGAUUAUCGAUGAACCCGAGAUUCCUCCUCAAGUCCCGGAAGUGAAAGAGGCUGGGAAUUGUUUCAUGGAGAGUUGUAGUGAUUUGAAAGAUUUUCUUGAAUUGGAUGAUUUGGUUGGCCCGCAACCCGGAAUUGCCAAUUCCAUUCCGGAGUUCGGGUCUUUGGUGGAAUUUGAUUUCUACCAUGACUCGAUUUCAGGGUUUGUGGAAUAUGGACCUGAAAACUCGGGUCUUGGGAGUGAAGUUUUGAGUCAUGGUAAUGAUGAGUUUCAAAUAAGUUGUGAUUUAUGGGAUUACAACAACAAUCAUGGAGAUAGCAGCAUCACAACUACUACUCAAACAACUCAACAAGCUAUUUCUCAUCAUUCAUCAGGUGUAAUAAUGGAAGAAAAUCCUGAAUUUUACACAAAUCAAUGUCCUGAAAAUGAUGUGGAUAAUGGCAAUGGAACGGGUUCAUGGUUCUCAACAGCUUUAUGGUCGUUUGUGGAUUCGAUACCAACAACUCCAGCUUCUGCUUCAGAAGGGAGUGCUCUUGUAAACAAGGCAUUUGAAAGAAUGUCUAGCUUUAGCAGGGGUAGAAACGUAAAUUUAGCAGCUGCUGCCGCUAGUGGGUCGGGGUUGAAAAGGGUCAUCUAUGGAGUUAUUGGGUAG